GAUCUUUCCCUUACAGGGACUCACAAAGCAAGUACUGUUCUGCAUGUCCCGUGUGCCACACCACAUUGAAACGGAAGCUGACAUGGAGCGAGGUGCCCAGAGCAAGCAAGACCUAAUCAGUGACAAUAAGCGAGGUCUGGGCUGCUGUGGAUGGUUUCUUGUGAUCAUCUCAGCAUUUUUCUGUAUAUUAAUCUUUCCAAUCAGCAUUUUCAUAUGCAUCAAGAUUGUGAAAGAAUAUGAACGUGCAGUUAUAUUUAGAUUGGGACGGAUAACAGCCCGAAAACCCAAAGGACCAGGAAUCUUCUUCAUCAUCCCUUGCACGGACUCCUUCAUCAAGGUGGACCUGAGAACUGUUUCAUUUGACAUCCCUCCUCAAGAGAUCCUGACCAAAGACUCAGUGACUGUUUCUGUGGAUGGUGUGGUGUACUUCCGUGUUAAUGAUCCCAUUGCCUCUGUGGCAAAUGUGACCAAUGCUGAUUAUUCCACCCGUCUACUGGCCCAGACCACCCUGAGGAACGUACUGGGCACUAAGAACCUGUCUGAGGUCCUGUCUGACCGGGAGGGCAUCUCUCACAGCAUGCAGAUGACUCUGGAUGAAGCCACAGACUCGUGGGGUAUUAAGGUGGAGCGGGUGGAGAUUAAAGAUGUUAAACUACCCCUGCAGUUGCAGAGAGCAAUGGCAGCUGAGGCCGAGGCAACGCGGGAGGCCAGAGCAAAGGUCAUUGCAGCAGAGGGAGAGAUGAAUGCAUCCAGGGCUCUGAAGGAGGCGUCUCUGGUGAUCGCAGAGUCUCCUUCCGCUCUUCAGCUUAGAUACCUCCAAACCCUCAACUCCAUCGCAGCUGAGAAGAACUCCACCAUUAUCUUCCCUCUGCCCAUGGACAUGAUGAGCCAAUUCAUAAAAAAAUGAUUGCAGAAACAUUUUUGUGUAUUCAAAAAAUGUGUACAGACGUAAACAUUGAAGAGCAAUUUAACAUAAUUUCUGAAAUUGUAAAAGAUUUUCUUAUGUGUCAUGAAUGUCAUGUAUUUCAGAACAAACACCAGGGUUCAAAAUCCCUACUGAAAAUUUGCAUUUUUCUAAUUUUAAAAAAAGUAUUACAAAUGAUAUUAUCAGCAAAUCAGCAUAACAAUUUGAGUGAAAAGGAUUUUUUUCAUGUUUAGUAUUUCUUUCUUUUGGACCCCACUUUAAGUCAAUGCCUAAAUGCUCAUUUAUAUUCCUGUAAACAGGGGUGUAAAAGGUACUCACAAAUUAUACUUAAGUGAAAGUAUGGAAACUGAGUAAAAAUUAUCUAGCCAAAAACAAAAUUGAGUUAAAGACGUAUACACAUACAUUUGUACUUAAGUAACUUUGAUCCUAGCAAAUUUUAUCCUACUGAGUAACUUUUUUUCCUGGCAAGAAUGAAAUCAACAGAGGAGAUUGUGUAAGAGAGGAUGUUGUUAAAUUCAAUUGGUUUGUUAAGUUGCCUUUUUACUGUCUCUGACAACUGUCAUAUUUCUCCAGCAGUGGCAUUCGAAACCUGGUCAUAGAAUCAUGUUAGAAUAACUACAUUUUUGCUAAAUGAUUUUUAUGUGGCGUGUUGUACAUAACAUGGCAAUUUCUUGGUGGAGUGAACACUAGAGGCGCUAAAACAACGAUGACUUUUAUCCCCGUGCACUCACAUCAUGAGUUAAAUGGCAGAUUAUCAGUUAAUAAACACUUAAUUUUUGGUCUGUUCCUUUCAUAAAGCUAUCUUAUGACAUAUAAACCCUUUUAGUAUAGCGCAUGACUAAUUUGCAUUACAUAGCCAACUACAAUUACAAGCUUGUUCGAGAGUGAUCAAAUUGCAUGGUAGCUCAACUGAUAGAGUGUUGCAUAUGCAGUACAACAAGGUAUGAGUCCUCAAGAGCACACAAGUCGACACGUGAGCUGAAAGUGUCAUAGAAGCACCAAAAAAUUACAUGGUUGCUUCAGAAAUUGUGUUUUUCAUGUCACAUUUGCUUUUUCUGACCCUAGCAGUUAGGUUUAGGGUAGGGAGGUUGGUUUUGUUGAUUUUAAUCUCGAUAACAUUAACCUUAAAAACCUCAUCUGUUUAGGAGAACAUUUCACUCACUUUUAGCAGCACACUGCAGACAUUUCACUUUGGAACUGCCCUUAGAUGAGCCACAUAAUUACAUUUUUCAAAAACAUUGCCACAUUCAGGCAAUGUUCGUUGCAUGGGAGAAGGCACUCACAAUUGUGAUGUCAGACUUGAGACAUAAAGAAAGAUCCAGAAAGUUAGUAAUGUUU